UAUGAUUAGAGUUCAGUGGUGUGUUAGUAUUGCUGUGCGUCUAUCGACGAGUGAAAAUCGAAACAACACGUUAGUACUUAUUGUACUAAAUAAUGGUUUCGGCCAUGCAUUAUGUGCAAAUUUGACUACCGUUUCAAAAAAGGAUAUACUAGAUCAACAAAUUUGCACAAGUUUCUCUUCAAAGAUAGAACAGAGUGUGUUAUAAAAGAGAGCUAACCUGUGCUUGGAAAGUGCUGUGGAUAUGGCGGUCGGAACGACUAAGGUUGUCCAGGUGACGAAUAUCGCACCUCAGGCAACGAAGGAUCAAAUGCAAACGCUUUUUGGUUAUCUGGGAAAAAUUGAAGAUAUUCGACUCUAUCCCACUAUACGCGAUGUGGCUGUACCCGUUCAAUCGCGUAUUUGUUACAUCAAGUUCCAUGAUCAGGGUUGUGUUUCUGUUGCACAGCAUAUGACUAAUACAGUUUUCAUUGACCGUGCUCUUAUUGUUAUUCCAUAUCAGAAUGGAGACAUUCCUGAUGAGCAAAGGGCACUUGAAUUAACAAACAAUGGCACUGUGGUGCCUGGCCUUUAUCCAUCAGAACCAAAGCUUCCUCCAAAUGUGGUGAAUGCGAUUGAGGGAAUUCCUCCUAAUCAUGUUAUCACUACAAUGGAUCCCAAGCUAGAAGCAAAUGGACUACCAGCAUACCCACAUUUACCAGGCCAUCUUGAUAGCAGAAGGAUAGAAGAGAUUCGCAGAACAUUAGUUAUUGCCAAUUUGGAAGCUUCUGUCUCGGCAGAGCAAUUAUUAGACUUCUUCUCCAGUAAUGGAGUGGAGAUAAAGUAUAUUAGGCUCUGUACCAGAGAUUCGGAUACCGAUCAUUAUGCUCUGGUUGAAUUAUCUGAACAAGGAUCAGUGGUUCCUGCUUUGCAAGUCAAUGGAAAAGUUCUUGCUGAAAAGCCUAUAAAAAUAUACCAUUCAACCCAAGCAAUUGCAAAACCUGAAGCAAAGAGUAACGAGGCAGCCCAAAAAGAAAUUGAAGAAGCAAUGUCUAGAGUAAAAGAAGCUCAAAAUUUAAUAUCAGCUACAAUAGACCCUAUGAUUGGUAUUUUAUCCAAGGAUAAGCGCAGCAGAAGUGGUUCGAGAGGUAGAAGAUCGAGAUCCCGUUCGAGAGGACGAAGCAGGCGUUCGAGGUCUAGAAAAAGAUCACGCUCGCGACACAGACGCUCACGAUCUCGUCACAGACGUAGAUCACGCUCAAGGUCGAAACGCUCCAGGUCUAAGGAACGUAAAAGAAAAUCUCCGUCACGUAGGCGAAGUAGCUCUCGAGGUCGACAUCGUUCUAGAUCACGUUCUAGACGAUCUAGAUCACGUAGAUCAAGGUCCAGAUCGAAGGAUAGAAAAAAGAGGUCGCCUAGAAGAAGAAGUCGCUCCCGCUCUCGAAGCAAACGCUCCAAAUCAAAGUCCAGGAGAUCACGAUCUAAAUCAAAGUCCAGGUCAUCUAAAUCAAAAUAUUCUGAGAAAACCAAGGACAAAGAUAAGGAAAAGGAUAGACGUAGCAAGGACAAGUCUGACAGUAACGGCAGGAAAAGCGACGAUAAGAGCGAAAGAGGUGAUAAAGAAAAGAGUGAGAAGUCCGAGAGAAGUGAGAAGAGUGAUAAAUCCGAGAAGAGCGAAAAGAAAUCAAGCAAGGAGAAAAGAGCGAUUGAGAAAGAAUCGAAAUCCGAGGAGAAGAGCAACAGAAGUGCUUCGGAGCACGAGAGUAAAGAAAAACAGGAUUCAGAGAACUGAACGGUUCCUCGUAUAUUACGUUCAAUACUCUCUGACUUCACCUAUAUUCUCGCUCUGCCAAUCUGCUGUCAAUAUACAAAUCCAUAGCAUGUAAUUACAUACUUAUUGGCAUAACAAAAAUAUACAGUCUCCUUCAGAAUUUA